AUGGGCCACAGCACACAGGAGGCCCCGAGAUGCCACCUGCCAUCCUCCGCAGCUGUAGACCUUCCCUCCCGUGCACAUGAGAAAGGUCAGCGUACCUGCUCACGGAAACCGCCGUUUGCUGGGUGUCUUAGACUGACUCUCGUCUUCUUAGAAUUUCAGAUAAACACGCUUCCUUCACAAAUGCCGACGCCAUGGCUGCACUCACCCAGACCAGCCUGGAAAGCGUGGAGGGAGGGCCUGGCUCUGGGUGGUCCCCACAGACCCCCCAGGGCCAAGGGAGUCACGCCCUCAAUGUGUGCGAUGAAGGUGAACGCAGGAGCCAGAGGCCACCUCCCUCCUGUCUGCGUCUCUCCCUGUCUGGGGGAUUCCUGCGGGGAGGACAUUGCUCAGAUCCUUCUCACUGGGGAGGUUCACCUCACCCUCCUUGGCCUCGAACCCCUCCUGAGCCCACCGUCUCCUCCCCAGGACCGCCUGAUUUUGGGAUCCAACAGCACCUACCUGUACGUGGGGUUUCCUUCGGAGUGGGGCAGUGAGGACCUGAGCAGGUUCGAUUACGACUUCUUCCAGCUGGAGAGGGCGGCUGCGGAGGGAGCGAGUGCAGACAAACUCGGUGCUGCGGACGGUGGAGACGGCAAGGCAGGCCCCAGUGUCCUGGCUGCAUUCCAGGACUACAUCAAACUGAUGCCGCUGGCAGAAGCAAAUCAAAUGAGUGAAGAGCUGAAGAAGGGACUUAACAUGGAAUUGAAGGUGAAAAAUUUGGCAUCGUCAGAUUCCAGGGGCUAUGACCUACAGAAGGAGGUCUUGGUGAAGGUGACCCACCACGGGUCUCACGAGGUGUGGAUAUGGUCAAAAGCCAAGUUCAUCAAUAGGAAAUUCCUAAUGCAGGAACUUUACCAGCGCUUUCUAGAUGGAGAUCACGGCCCUGUGGCUCGAGAAGACGACCCUUUCUGGGAUCCUGUCGAGGUCGUCUGUUUGGGCUCAGCUCACAUCUGGCUCCAGUCGCUGGCCUACUGCAUGAAGCUGGAGGAGCAAGUGGAGUUUCUGAACUGUGACAGGCUGGAGGAGGCGGUGCUGCAUACCUGCAUAGCACCCUGCUCCCCAACAGGACAAACGCAUGGCGAGGAGGAUGUGGUUAUCGACCCUUUGGAGCUGCUGGGCAAGAGGAUGGAUUUUCAGAUUCACAUUGUCCGGUGCCUUGGCGUCAACUGGAUGAAGGAAGAUGCAAAGCGGGGCAUUCAGAUAGGGUACAGAAUUUAUGACCUUCCAAACACUAUUUAUACCAAACCUGUAUGGAAAAGUGUGAAUCCACAAAUUGAAGAGACUGUCCAAUUUGCAGCCUUAACUGCAUCUCAGGAGUUUCUGAAUUAUUUGCGGACAAAUGUCCUUAUUGUUGACCUAUGGGGCCUUCAAGAAGGCUGCACCGAGCUGAGCUGCUCUCAGCUGGGCCUCAGGGUCACAGGUGAAGGCCACAUCCUGGUAGACACCAAGAAAAUUUCCACUGUGAAGGAUAUAAGCCAAGUGUGUACAUAGGACACUAAAGUGGGCAUCCCAGGUGGCUAGAAAAUCUCUGAUGACGGCUGCUUGACGUUCCUUCCCCCUUAACAAACGUUUUCUUUAUUUACUCCUGUGUACCCUGAGGGGCUUAAACUCUGCUCACCAUACACACACUCCCAUCCCAUUUGAUUUUCCCAUGGUAGCAAACAUUGCCAGUCUCAAAGGAUAUGCAGAUGAUACAACAAAAGACGAAACUGACAUGUUUUCUGGUAGGCAGCAUCAAACCAGAUACCAGAACUUUAUCUGAAGCUGCUCAAGCUAGAGCAGGAGACAGAACUGCUCAGGAACAUUAACAGAACCCUGAGAGAGCAGAACGUGCUUCUCAAAGCAUCACUUGCAAAAAUUGCUUCUGGUCAAGCCCCGAAGCCUUCCAACACUCUGAAGAUCGGCGGGAUGACUGUGCAACUGCCAUCCGCCAGGGAGAUGAGCCAAAUGUGCACACAGCAAGCCGGCUCUGACCGAGAGCUUGCCAAGGCUCUGAAGGUGUUCUACCAAAGCAUGAACACGGCAAGAGGGCAGCUUUUCAGACUCAGACGGCACCAACCUCCGGUAAGGAACUGGAAUCCUGGGAGCACACAGAAUUUCUUUCCAUCCAAUUUAGACAUUUGAUGUAACUAUUUCCUGAGCUUGGAGACGUAUAUGCUGAAGCGGAAGAGCAAGGCGAGGAGGCCCUGCUUGACCUGCUCUGUGAGCGCGAAUCUGCUGCCCUCUCAGGCCGUCGUCCGUCUCUGCUCUGACCUUUUUAUUUGAGUGCACAUCCGGCUGGCUCCGCGCUACCACGGUCACUGCACGACUGAUACCCACUCACUUUACAAUGCAAUAUACAGACUACCCUGUUUGGUUUAUCAUUAUAAAACCCAAUGUAAUUCAUCAUAUUAAGAGAUUAUAAGAUAAAAUAAUUUGAUUACUUCAACAGAUGCAGAAAAAGAUGUGGCCAAAUUAAACAUCCUAUGACAAUAAAAAUUCUCGGCAAACUAGGAAUAAAAUGGACAUUCCUUAAUCUGAUAAAGGCAAUCUUAAGACAAACACACAGUGGACAAAAUGCUUAGUGAUGAAUGACUGAAAGCUUUUCCUUUCAGAUCAGGUCAGGGACGCCAGCUUUCUUGACCUCUGUCCUUUAGGUUCUAGCCAGUGCAGUAAGGAAAAGAAAUACAAAGUAUGACUGGAAAGGAAAGAAAAGUAAUUACAAUAAUAGCAUACACUUAUGUAACACUUACAACCUGCUUUACGUUUACUGUCUCAAUUCUCACAGCAACCCUAUGAGGCAGGUACUAUUAUUCACCUUAUUUUACAGUUCAUGGAACGUGUCUAAAGACACAUGACUCAUCUGUGGCAGCGCUGAGGUCCACACCCUGCGGGUGCUGUUCCCCAGUCUAUACUGCGCUGCCUCUAGUAUCAUCCCAGAUGACCUGCUUGUAUAGACAGAAAAUCCCCAAGAAUUUAUAAAUGAAUUACAAAGUUGCUAGAUACAAAAAUCAAGAUUUAAAAAUUAACUGUAUUUGAAUAUAACAGCAGCAAGCAGAAAAUUAUUUUUAAAAUAAAAGACACCAUUGAUAAUUGCAUCAAAUAUAUGGAAUACUUAGGCCUAUAGCUGACAUAAAAUAUGUAAGAGUUGUACAGAGAAAAUUUUAAAACUUAUUUGAGAGAUGUUUAAAAGGAUAUAAAUAGAUAGAGAAACUGCCAUCUCUCCGUGGUUUGGAAGAUUUGUUAUUGUACAUCUGUCAACUCUUCCCCAAGAGUCAGAGUAAUUGUAAUUCCAAUCAAGUGUAAUAGAACCUAACAAGAUAAUUCUACAAUUUGUAUGGAAUUGCAAAAGCAAAAACUAGCCAAGAUGAGACCAGACCCAAGAACAAGACAGAAAGACUUGCCCUACCUGAUAUCAACACUUCAUUUUAAUGCCUCUGUAACAGAGGCAGUAAGGUAAGGUGUUGGCCCAAAGAUAGAUAAAUAACCAAAGAAAAAGAACAGAAGGCUCAGAAACAGAUUUAUUCAGGACUACAGACUUGAUAUACAACCGAGUGGAACUGCAAAUCAAUGUGGCAAGGAUGGACUUUUCAAUAAACAGUGCUGGGGAAUUAGGAAUAUGUAUGGGGAAAAAUGAAACUGGAUUCCUAUCUAAAACUACCCCCAGAAAUCAAUUUCAGGUGAGAAUUAAAGAGCUAAAUUGGAAGGCACAACCCUAAUGCUUUUAUUUAUUUAUUUAAAUAUUUUAAAAAUAGAGAUGGGGGUCUUGUUAUGUUGCCCAGGCUGGUCUCGAACUCCUAGCUUCAAGCAAUCCUCCCGCCUCAGCCUCCCAAAGUGCUGGAAUUACAGGUAUAAGCCACCAUGCCCUGCCUCAAAUGCUUUCAGAAGAUACUUUAGGAGACUGUCUUUACGACCUCACAGUGGAAAAGGAUUUCUUAUGCAUGACACACACACACACACACACACACACACACACACACCCCUAGCUUUAAAGAGGGAGACUGAUAAAGUCAGCUAAAUUAAAAUGGUGAACUUUGGUGCAUCAAAAGACACCAAAAUGAAAAAGCCAGAAGGAAUGGGAAAAGUUCUUUGCAACACGUUUAACAUAUAAUGAACUAAUAACCAAAAUAAAGAACAACUACUAACCAAAAAGAAAAAUAGACAACCCAAUAGAAAAAAAAAUGGUCAAAAGAUUUGAACAGGAACUUCACAAAAGAGGAAAUUAAAAAUGCCAAUAAAUAUAUGGAGAAGUGCUUAAUCGCAUUAAUAGUUUGGGAAAUACUAACUGAUACCACAAUGAGAUACCAUUAUUAACCUUCCAUACUGGCAAAAAUUAAAAAGCUUGACAAUAUCAAGUGUUGGUGAAGAUAUGAAGUAACAGAAACUCUCAUGUAUGGCUGAGAGGAGUAUAAAUUGGUACAAACAUUUAAAAAUUAUUUGGCAUUUACUUAUUAAAAGUUGAAGAUACUAGAACCUAGAAGCCUGCAAUUCAACUCUUCCUUCCUUCACAGCUGAACUGGUUCUGCAGAGUUAAAGCCCUAAUGCCUCAGGCAGAGAUUCUGGAAGUGUGCCCUAUGGCCUAGCAGCUUCAGCAGCAUCUAGGAACUUGUCAGAAAUGCAAAAUCCAGGGCCCCACCCCAGACCUACUGAAUCAGAAUCUCUGGGUGUGAGGCCUAGUAACACGUGUUUCAACAAACCCUCUCCAUGAUUCUGUCUUCAAGUUUGAGAACCUACUGCACUGAGGCAUCUGACAUAUGAAAUAAGCUAACUCUGUCAUACAUGUCUAGGAUGGCACUAGUUACACACCAUUCUUGAAAGAACUGAGAAAACAGUUAUUCAAAUCACUUCCGUUCUGUGGUUCAGAUGAGGGGCCAGUUGAAAAACACUACAGAAAUCUUAGUUGAUGUGCACUGCUGUUCAUAAAACCCUCUUCCAUAGUAGCCCCAAACUGGAAACAUCCCUAAUGUAUGUUCACCGAAGACGGGUAAAUUUUGGCCCCCUCUAUGCUGUGUAACACUACAUUGCCAUGACAGUGAACAACAGCCACAGGCAACAAGAAGAGUCUUCCAAUAGUGAUGGAAACCAAGUUACGAAAGAUGACAUCCAACAUGAUUCUAUAAACAUUCAAAGAGGGCAAAAUAUACUGUUUAGGGAUAUACUCUAGGUGGCAAAACUAUUGAGAAAGGCAAGAAAAUGGUGACCACACAAGUCAGGCUGGCAGUUGCUUCUGGGACAGGAAGAAGGUGACAGGAGGAGUUCCAGGCAGUGGGCUCUCUAGAGCAGGUGUGUUCACUUUAGGCCUGUCAAUAUAUUUAGGGUACUUUUCCGUGCUACGUAGCUCACAAUAAAAAAGAAUAACUGGUUAAAUGAACGACACCUUAAACAAAGUUUCAAAUAAACCACAGCCUGGAAAAUAUAUUAAUAUUAUUUAGCAAGCAUUAGUAUUCAGAAUAAACUAUUACUUUUAAGAUUUAAAAAAAGAUAAUAUGUUGGAAAGCACAUUCGAAAAAAAUCGGCAAAGGAUUUGAACAGGCAUUUCACUAAUACUCAGGGAAAUAGAAACUGAAUCCCAGUGCCAUUCUCUGCAGUUCUCAUUUUCAGUGAGUGCGGUACCAUCUCCUCCAUCACGUCACACUACCUGCUCUCUGCCGUUCCCAUUUUCAGCCAGUGCGGUACUAUCUCCUCCACCACUUGUCUCCAGGACUCUGCCCCAGGGCAUCCCUAGUUCUCAGGGGUACUUGCCUCCAUAGGUUAGGGGAAGCAUCGGCAAAACCCUACCAAUAGGAGAGCCCCUACACCCACUGGCCCCUCAAGACUCCUUUAAUACUCCUUCGACAGUAUUAAAACACUAAGGAAGUAACAUUCCAAUGGAAAAUAUUUGACUUAUCUCACCAGUUUUCCCUACUGGCAGUAACUUAGGGUCAUCCGAAACAAAACUGCUCACCAGCUGAACACUGAGGGUAUUUGAGCUUCGAGUUGUGAAGAUGAUUUGUGUAGCUAGCAAGCUUACCUCAUUUCCCACUUACUUUACCUAUUUCUUCUACCAGUUUUAAGCAAAACUCUCCUUCCAUGUGACUGUAAAUCAUCUCUAUAACCUAAAGGCUGCUUGAAUGGCCCUAUGUUCCUGACGCAUAGGGGGAACCACACACACUGGGGUCUCUUUGAGGUUGGAGGGUGGGAGGAGGGAGAGGGUGAACGAUUAGCACUCGGAGCUCUGGGAUCAGACUGCCCAGGGUUAAAUCCUGGUUAAGUCCAUCACUUAAUCAACUGCAGGAUUUGGGGCCACUGACUUCCCCUCUCUAAGCCUCUCUUUCCUCACUUGUUUUGUGGGAAGGAAAACAGUAUUUACUGCAAAUGGUUAAUGAACAUAAAGCACUUAGAACAGUGCCUGACACACAG